AUGACUGAUGGAUCGAAAAGAGCUUGUGGAAUUCUCGUACUAGCAACAAACUGUCAAGUUAUUAUUGGUUUUGAAGAGAUCUUACGAUCUGAAUCACGUAAACAAGUGAUACAAGCGUUAACAAACUUAUACACGAUCACACCAAUGUUAACAAGAAUUGUGAUUUGUGAUGCUGGUUGUUUAUUAGCAAAAUCUGUUCGAGCAAAUUUUGUUGAUGAAUCACGAUCAAAUGAAUUUAAUAAUAAUAUUGGAUUUAGAGCUUUAAAAGAAGUUCGAUUCUUUGUGGAUCGUUUUCAUUUAUCAAAUCAUAAAGAUAAGUACUGUCAUGCGCAUUUGAAUAUCGAUUUAGAUGAUGAUUGA